AUGGAAGUUGGAAUGGGUGGCAAUGAAAGCGAGGAGCAUGCGUCUGCCGCCAAGGCUGCGACAAAAAGGGAGGCCGCAACAGCUGGAGCGGAGGCCCUCUGGAUUUUUGCGAGCGCGCUUGGCGCGGCCGUGGCGGUAGACAACGCGCGCGCAGAGAAGGCAGAGGCGGCCGCGCGCGACGCAACGGCGGCCGCCGACGCUGCAACAGCGGUCGCGCUCUCGGAGAACGACGAACUGAACGUGCGGGUUGCUGCGCUGCGCGUUGAAGUUUCAAAGGCGCAAGCGGACACGACAGCGAAGCGGCGAGAGACCGUUGUACUUGAGAGGAGAUUGGAGGAACUGCAAAAGGCUAUGGAAGAGAAGGAGAAUGAGAGCGAGGUGACAAUCGCCGCCUUUCAGAUCACUUUGAGGGACACGCGCGAAACGAGAGCGCGGUGCGCAAAGGAGCGCGAGCGCUUUCAUUACGUGCUCGCGUGCAACGGGCAAACGGGUUCCGUUCCGUUCAGCUUCCUCGAGUCUGAUCGGGAUUCUCUCCUGUACAAGAUGUACGGCGGAAACUGGGACUACGCGCGCGAUGAAAAGGGGCGCGCGCUGGUCACGUGCCACCCCGAGCGGUGGGCUGCCGUUCUCGAGCACCUGGCGACGGGAGCAGUUCCGGCGGAAUGGGAUCCGCUGCUGCUGGCGCAAGCGCGGUACUGGAACCUUCAGCGAUUGGAGGCGUCCAUAAGUUAUGGCUGGGUGUGCUGGGGUUACGACAUUCACGAGCUGGUCAGCGAGCCCUUGGCUCGAGCGCCGCACAGCCUCGUAGUGGAAGUCGAAGCUCGUUAUGAAGACUGA